CCGCCACACUGACGGUCCGGCCCGCGUUCCUUUUUUUUCCUCACUGACGCGCUUUUUAGUAUAAAAAAAGAGUGUGGUGUGCUCGGUGAAAUGACGGCACAUUGUGGAUCACGAUAAUCGGACGGCGAUCGUGGGGUGACAGUGCGAAGGUGACAGGAGAAGGGAAGGUCACCACCGGUGAGCAUUGCGGCACGAAACAGGACUUGCGACAUACGCUACUGUCACUAAACGUUGACGAGGCAGAAAUGGCACGGCGGGAGUCUCGGUGAGGAAAGGGCGAGGGUAAAGCCCUCGCAGGAAAAGGGAGCUAUGGUGAAAAGCUUGGGUUUCCUCGCCAGAAGGGCGCCACCUGCUGUCCACCUUUUCGUCGUUUUGCUCGCGCUCGCCCCCGCUUACCACGGCGUGGACCUCUCCCAAUGCAUCGCACCGCUCGGCAUGGAGUCCGGGACGAUCCCGGACACGGAUAUCAACGCCAGUUCCAGCUUCGACACCGGAAAUGUCGGACCCCACCUGGCACGAUUGAAAUCGGAGAACCUCGGUGGUGCCUGGUGUCCUAAGAACCAAAUCACUCAGGAAGCUCGAGAGUGGCUGGAGAUCGACCUUCAUACUAUCCACUUGAUCACGGCCACUGCUACCCAGGGCCGUUUCGGAAACGGCGUGGGUGUUGAAUUCGCAGAGGCGUAUCUGUUGGAGUACUGGAGGCCGCGACUGGGCAAAUGGGUUCGGUAUAGAGACAUCAAAGGAAAGGAGGUAAUACAGGGUAACACGAACACGUAUUUGGAGUCCAAGCACGAGCUGGAGCCGCCUCUGUGGGCGAGCAAGAUCCGUUUUCUACCCUACAGCUAUCACAGGCGGACGGUUUGCAUGCGGGUCGAGCUCUACGGGUGUUACUGGAGCGACGGUGUGGUGUCCUACUCGAUGCCCCAAGGUGAUAAAAGAAGCAAUGGAUGGGAAUUCUUCGACGCGACCUACGACGGGCACUGGGACGGCGAGUUGCGCCGUGGCCUAGGUCAACUGACGGAUGGUAGAACGGGGCCUGAUAAUUUCAAAAUGUACUACGAUAACGAUCGCGCCCAGGGCUGGGUGGGCUGGAGAAACGAUAGCCGCGGCCAACCGGUCGAGAUCAAGUUCGAGUUCGACAAAGUCAGAGAAUUCUCCGCCGUCCAUAUUUACUGCAAUAACGAAUUCACUCGAGGCGUCCAGGUGUUUUCGCAAAUUGACAUACUCUUCAGUAUUGGCGGGAAAUACUACACAGGGGAACCCAUUACCUACACAUACAUGGAGGACAAGAUCUUCGAGACUUCUCGGAAUGUCACAAUCAAGCUUCAUCACCGAGUUGGAAAAUUCGUUAAGCUGAGACUCCAUUUCUCGGAUCGAUGGAUCAUGGUCAGCGAAGUCACCUUCGAUUCUGACAUAGCACACGGCAAUUUCACGCCCGAGGAAGCCCCGACCACCGAAUCACCUAUCCAGAGUGAUGUCUUCGUCGAGAAGAACGGCGCCGCCGAGGGCGAACUACCAGUUUCGACUGCGAAACACGACGACCCCACGUACAUGGCGAUCGUGAUCGGCGUGCUGACCGCCGUAAUACUUUCACUCGCCGUAGCGAUAUUUCUGAUUGUUUCGCGACACAGACAACGCAAGUGCUUCGCCAGCCCUAUGACUGGUAAAGCCCCUUCGCAUUUAGGAUCCACCUGCGCUACCGUCGAGAAAGGCGCAGCUCUGAUGGCAUACACCUUAGAAGAUGAUGAAAGAUACGCAGGCGGUUCUCUACCGACUUUGCCCCUCGGAAAUCGUCUUCUAGACAUCGUGAAGUUGGACGACUACCAAGAGCCAUAUCAGGCGCUAAAGUACGCUCCGUACUACAGCUACAGCACCGUCGUUAUGGAGAUGAAAGACAUGAUGCUGAACAACAAGGGCACCAACAUCAAUCACUCAGUUGACACGUCGUACGAUUAUGCGGUACCGGAACUCGGCACGGUACCCCUGCUCAAUCAGGAUGCCGGCGCCGGCCGCGGAGCGACCGUCUCCAACGCCACCGGCGAUCAGGACUUCUUUUCCAAGAGUUCGCGGACCAAGACCGAGGACAAGAAGUCGCCGACUCAACAGGAGGUACUCUCGGCCCUGAAGAGACGUCUGGAGCAGACCAGCGUACCGCUCUUCCCACGGCAUCGCCUUCGCAUGCUCUCCAAACUUGCCGAAGGUGCCUUCGGAACGGUAUACGUGGCGGAAGCUGAAGGAAUUCCGGAAUACGGGACAACAACUACCCUUGGCAAGCGACUCGUAGCCGUCAAGUUUUUACUACCGGAAGCCAGUGAGAAGGAAAAAUUGGAUUUCCAAAGAGAUGUGAGGAUUCUGGCUGCUCUAGAAGAUCGCAAUAUCGCACGAGUCUUGGGCGCUUGUUAUCGCGAGGAACCGUAUUGCGUCGUAAUGGAAUAUCUAGAACAUGGGGAUCUUUGUCAGUUCCUCAAAACGCAUAUCACUGCCGAGGAUGCGCAUUCCAUGCCAAUUGGCGUCAAGACACUCAGCAAACUCACGCCACUUCGUCGUCGUUUCAGUUUCAACUGUCUCAUCUACAUGGCGGCACAGAUCGCAUCGGGCAUGCGGUAUCUGGAGAACCUGAACUUCGUUCAUCGAGAUUUGGCUACUAGAAACUGUUUGGUUGGUAAGGCUUAUCACAUCAAAAUCUCGGAUUUUGGCACGGACAAUGAACUGUACGCCUGCGAUUACUACAAAGUUGAUGGAACUAUGCCGUUGCCGGUACGAUGGAUGGCAUGGGAGUCAAUAUUUUUGGGAAAGUACACGACCAAGAGCGACGUGUGGGCUUUCGCAGUCACCCUCUGGGAGAUUUUGAAUCUUGGCAGACGUGUCCCCUACGAACAUCUGUCCGACGAGGAAGUGGUGCAGAGCCUGCGGCAACUGCAUCAUGCCGCUGACUGCAGCAAUGCCAAUCCUGAAGACAGUUGCAAGGAAGAUCCUAGAAACGGCUUCGAUUAUCUGCCUCGGCCCACCGCCUCCUCCAAGGACAUCUACGAUCUGAUGCUCGAGUGCUGGCAACGAGAGGAAACUGAGAGACCGACUUUCCGUGAGAUAUCGCUCUUUCUGCAGCGGAAAAAUCUUGGAUACGCUCCAACAUCCUGAUAUUGAGCCCCCAAUUUCAGCGAGCGCGACAUUCUUAGUAGUCAUACAAAUCGGAACAAGUUUGUUUCUGAAACGAAACGACGAGUGUACAAUGACGGACAACGUUCUUAUCCGAGAUAUUGCAAGAAAUAACAAGCGAAUAAUGAUUGAAUGAGAAAAAGAAUUGAGAAAAGAAGAUGAGAGAUACGAUGAGAGGACAUAUUACGUAUCGCGACAUCGAAAUAAGUACAACAUGGAAAUUUAUUGUCCGUCAACGAAACAAGGUUUUGAAACUUGGAGUUUACGACAGAAAUCGAUUGUCCUUCUAUUUCUCCCUAUUCAUACGUGUACUUUUUUCGGACAACGAGUAUUAACAGACAGGAAAUAAAGUUAGAAUAGUAAAUAAAGAUAGAAGAAUUAA